CGGAGGAGUAUUGCGCUUGAACAGUGUCAGUCUGUCACUGGUGUUGUAUUUGUGUCUGUUGUGAUCCUCGUCCGCUGUUGUUGACAGACCGACGGACACACACUGGUGUGUUUGUGUGUGUAAGCACAGCUCUGCUGUGGAUGUCAGGAUGGACUCCAGUGGAAAACCCUCAACUGCACAGAUUGUGGUGUUAGCCACCAGCUCAGCUCUGACUGCCCUUUUCUACUCCAUGUACAAAAGCAGAGCCACGACAGUUGCUAGAUUAAAGGAAGCCAAGAAAGUGGCCAUUGACCACAAUUUGAAAAAUUUCCUGUCUGAAACCCCUGGACGAUGUGUCCCAUAUGCUGUCAUAGAAGGCGUGGUGAGAAAUGUAAAGGAAACUCUCAGCAGUCAGUUUGUUGAUAACUGCAAAGGUGUCAUCGAAAGACUGACACUGAAGGAGGAAAAGAUGGUGUGGAACCGCACCACUCAUCUCUGGAACAGCACAGAGAAAGUCAUUCACCAGCGCACCAACACCGUUCCAUUUGCCCUCGGGUCUCAUGACGAUGAUGUUGCUACCACAGUCCGGGUUAUACGCCCUCUGGAUGCUGCAGACUUGGACUUGGAGACCACGUACGAGAACUUCCACCCCACGGUCCAGUCCCUGUCCUCUGUUAUUGGCCACUUCAUCAGUGGAGAACGACCCAAGGGCAUCCAUGAAACUGAGGAGAUGCUGCGGCUGGGAGACAGUGUCACGGGAGUGGGAGAGCUGGUCCUAGAUAACAACCUCAUCAAGCUCCAACCUCCCAAGCAGGGUCUGUGUUACUUCCUUACCCGCCUGGACUAUGAGUCUCUGCUGAAGAAGCAGGGACAAAGUGUCAGACUGUGGAGGAUUUUGGCUCUUCUCUCAGGCUUCGCUGCCUGUUCCACGCUCAUUUUCAUCCUGUGGAAGAAACUUGUGCACCACAGACAGAGUAAGAAGGAGCGAAGAAUCCUCGAGGAGUUCAAGGAGCAGCAGAAGAAACGGAAGCGUGAACUUAACAUAGAGGAGAGCAGCGUGUCACCCACCAGCUGUGCUGUUUGUCUGAGCCGCGAGCGCUCCUGUGUGUUCCUGGAGUGUGGCCACGUGUGUGCCUGUGCUCCGUGCUACGAUGCCCUGCCACAGCCAAAGAAAUGCCCCAUCUGCAGGGCAACUAUAGACAGAGCGGUGCCUCUUUACAAUAGUUAACAUGGACUCACAUGACAUCGGAAUCCAGUCCAGUGUUUCAUCGCCGUGGUAACAGUGGAAAUAUUUCAUUAAAAAGCUGAAACAUCAGGCUUGUUGAGCUUAAUCAUGGUGCGGUUUGUUUCUUUUGUGUUUGUAUUUAGCCCAUGGUCCAACAUUCAAAUCAGAUUUGGAGACUGUUAUUCACCUUGAUAGUAAAUACGGAAUCCCUUUCUCUCAUUUUAAUAGAAAUUAAAUAGUAAAUUAAUUAUUUACAAGGCAUAAAUGUCAAAUUAAAUUAAACUUCCUUCAACUUGAAAUUUCUCACUUCUUUUGCUUCUAUAGAAGAUAUUAUUACACAAAGGUGUUGCUCAAUAACAGUAAUGAAAUCAAUAAUACCUUGAAUUUAACUUCACAGAGAAGUGGUUCAGCUGUAGUUCAUACAUGUGGGAGCAUUAACAGAACUUGGUUGAAGUUCUAAGGCUUUUUAUGAGACAGGCAGUGCAUGAGAGGCAGAAGUACUUAGGUGCACUUUCACAAGAUUAAUUUGAAAAGUUAUUACAGGAUUGAUUGGAGAGGAAAAGAUGAAGAUGGAAAAAAAUGUUGUGAUUUAAAUAAAUCUCUUGUGAUAUUCUCUGUUUCUGUUUUUGAUAAAUGGGGAAAUAGGAGAGACAUUUUUUCUCUCCUCCUCACACAGGGAAAGUUAUACUUUGGUGAAAGUGCUGACACAUGGCCUCAGUCAGACACAGGAAAUCUGUUUGGCAAGCACUUUUCCAUCAUUUAUCACUUUCACAGGAUAUGGUGUAUGAAUUUUACCUCAAAACCUUAUAAUUCUUUUAUUAUGUGUUUAUGUUUUAUUCUUCUUUUACUGCUUUUACUGUUUCAUGCAGGUCUGUUUUAGGUACAGGUUUCUGUCUUUAAUUGCUUGUGCUUAAUUGUCUGUCACGAGUCGUGACAGAAAAACGUCUUUGUUGUGGCAGCGUCAAACGGUGCAAACUCCAAUAUAUCUAUUUCUGAAAAUAAUCAAAUAUACAGCAUAAUAAAAACAAAUGAACACAAAAGUCCCUCACUAUUAAGCGGCAAUGGUGCUUCAUUUUAAUAGCUUGUUUGUUAAAGAUGUUUGUGGCAGUGAGAACAAAAGAACUGGAGUUAAUGAUUUUCUCUUUUCACAUUUGAACAUUUCUGAGCAUGACUUUCAGGUGAGGUGAGGUGAGGCCGGUCUAAUUGUAUGAGCCUUGUUUGUGGAUUAUGGGGAAAGCUGACCCACUCCUGUGGUGUUAUUGCUUUUGUCUGAUAAUAAAAACAGUAUCACAUUCA